CAGCCGCCAGCCAGUAAGAAUCACCCAGCCCAACCCAACCCAACCCAUGGCUUCUUCUUGCCGUACCAUUAUUCCUCGUUUCCAAAAUCAAACCCAUCUGAAAACAAAAUGAACGAAAAUUCCAACAGAGCUGAAGCAGAACGCCUCCUCGGAAUCGCCGAGAAGCUCCUCCAGUCUCGUGAUUUUAACGGCACAAGAGACUUCGCCGUCUUGGCCCAAGAAACGGAGCCUCUCCUUGAAGGCUCAGAUCAGAUCUUGGCCGUGGCUGACGUUCUAUUGUCCGCCGAAAAACGCAUUAACAACCACCACGAUUGGUACGCUAUCUUGCAAAUCGACCGCCGCUCCGACGACCAGGAGCUUUUAAAGAAGCAGUAUCGCCGGCUUGCAUUGCUCCUCCACCCAGACAAGAACAAGUUCCCCCUUGCAGAUCAAGCGUUUAAGCUCGUCGCGGACGCUUGGGCUGUCUUAUCGGAUUCCGGUAAAAAGUUGUUAUACGACAACGAAUUGAGCGUGUUUUCGAGGGUUGAUUUGUCGAAUUCGGGGAAAUUGCCGGUUAGAAAGAGCCAGCGGCCGGCAGCUAAGAAACACGCAGGCGAGAGUGUUAAAACUAACGCGAUUAAUAGCUCAGAGCAUCGGAGUCGGAAGGUGAAGCUAUCGUCGUUUUGGACUGCUUGUCCGUACUGUUAUAUUUUAUACGAGUAUCCUCGGGUUUAUCAGGAUUGCUGUUUGAGGUGCCAGAAUUGCGAGAGGGCGUUUCACGCGGCGUUGAUAUCGUCGUUGCCGCCGUUGGUGCAGGGGAAGGACGCGUACUACUGCUGCUGGGGGUUUUUUCCUUUGGGUUUUAUGUUUGGCAGUUCAGAGAGUGGAGGGAAAAACAAUGGGUCGAGGUUGGGAUCGGGAUCGGGGUCAGGAUUUCCAAAUUGGAUGCCGUCGAUUUUCUCCCCGGAGCAGCAAGUUGGUGAAAAAAAUGGUGGCACCUCCACGGCAGAUAGGUCGCCGGUGUUUGCCACGGUGCAGCAAGUGAAUGAUAAAAAUGGUAAUGUGAGUGUAGGUGUAGCACCUGCGAGGACAGGGAUAGCAAGGGGUGGUGGAGGUGUGCAUGUUUCAGGAGGGUGUGCCACGGGGUUUCCACCAAAGAAGAGGGGAAGGCCAAGAAAAUAUCCCCUACCAAACGUUUAGGCUGAUGUGAACUGUGAUUUCAUGAUGACACAGAUGAGAAGGUGGACGAAGUUUUAUCAUUUAUGGCUGCAUUGAUAGAGAUAAAGAAGGUUCAAGGAGGAGGUUUUUAUAGCUGGUACAGUUUGGGAAAUCCAUAGAUACCAACUACCAAGUAUUUGUAACAAACCAAAAAUGAGGUCUCCUAUCUUCCAGUUCAGUUGGGAGAGGACUGGGGGCAGAUUAGAGCUAGUUUAUGCUCUGUUGGAAGCUGUUUUUCUAAUAACGUUUGUCAUGUUUGGGCAAUAUACUGCCAUCUUUAUUAUUGCAGUUGAAAUUCCCUGCUCAUCAACAUCUAAAUAUUUAUCUAUCUAUUGAAUGAACUCUCUUGCGAUCUUAUUUGCAGGUCAGAUUUGACAACUUUUAAGUUUCAUGAUCUCUGGUUUGUAGGUGGAUUAAUAAUGCCUUUGGUGUGGCCGACAUUAAAGGCCAUUUAUUUUCUGCCAAUUUUGGUAAUAGUGAAUUAUCCUGCUAUGAAUCAGGAGUGUCCUCUUUGUAUACCAAUUGUAUUAUGAUUUUGAUUUGUAUAUACACGUAUCUAUCAUCUGGAUUUCAAGUAAGAUGAUUUAAUUUAUAUAUCCAUAAUGAGGUUUGUAUCUAUUCUAUGAAGUUUGAGUAAUAUUUUUUUGUCUA